AUGCGGCUUGUUGCCCCCUGCGACUUUCGUCUCUCCAAAUCUCUUGGAAACCUUGAAAUCGCGGUCACAUACAAUCAGAUUCCUGGAAACCCAAACGAGCUCGAUUGUACAAUUGAGUUCAAAAACACCAUAAAGAAAGAUGAAGAGGGAGCAGAAAAUGGAGAAACUGUCGAAGAUCAAACUCAGCCCGAGGAAAAGAGCCUGGGUUUCGUAUCGUCAUGGCUCGGAAGGUCUGGAAGUGAAAAAUCGCAAUUGACGACCAAAACGGAGACCGCAGCGUCGGUUUUUUUGGGCUACGUCCAACUUGUAGGAUAUGUGAGGCUUAAUAAUGACUUCAAUGGCGGCGGAUCGACGCUGUCGGCGCGGGAAGUCUUCUGGAAGAACUCAGAGUACGCAUCUAGAUAUCCUAUAGAAAACGAACAUGAAAAGGUAGAGGCCAUCUUGCAGACACCACUAUUCAAUGAAGAGGAUACUCUGAGCACGUUCAAAUCCAAAUUAGCGGGGUGGCCUGACUUCAAGGCUGGUCCAAUGGACAACAUUCUGAUAGCUCUACUCCACGACUUGGCAUAUUCUUUCAACAGUAGAGAACCGGCUGCUCCAGACCACACUGAUGCCACUGCACAGGAGUCAACAUUCAUUCAUGACUUUGCGCAGUGCAUAGUGCCAUUUUAUGUUACUUCGCAACACCUCUUGUUUUCUAGUACUAGAAUAGAGGCCGGUGAUUGCGAGUCCUACAAACUUCGUGUUCCAAUUCCCAGCAAUAGCUUACCUCCAUCAUACAACACCGCUCUGACUGGUUUUACGGGAGACAAUGGCCUUGUGUCCAUUUGCUAUCAAUUCGUCAUAGGUUUACUGAACGAGGGCGCCAACGGAAUGACGCCGCGCAAUGUAUACUUUCCUUGGGAGUUCCACCCUAGUCAGACUCGUACAGAGCAUGGCUGGUCACAACCAGACUAUUUACAGAAACCAAUUGUUGACAAGGACUGGCGCCCACGAGAGGUUGACGAUAUAGCGUCUGCUGGACGGCCGGUUCCGAAACAAAGCAAUAAGAAAUCUUCUUCAGCAAAAGCAAAACUCGAGGCUGAAUUGGACAACCUCAUCAAUUCCUCAGUGGAGCUAGUGGCAGCAAAGGAAAGACGCAAAAGCUCCGUGUCCAUUCUCACUCGGGAAGAGUCGGGCUACAUCCCGCAAGUCCCCACCAAGGCCCGCGUGUCGUACCAAAUCAUGGUAAACAGUAAUUUCUUAUGCCUGGCCCACAUGUCGAAAGCGACAUACCGGGUGGGAGAAGACAUACACUUUAGCCUUGACCUACCUUCAUCCAAGAGCCUAACAACCCGGGUAGUGGGAGCAGUUGCGCAUGUCGAAGCGCACGAAAUUUUCCACUUGAACGAGUCUAGAAAGCUGGUGAAUGUCUACAAAGUUUCUCCAUCUGUGAAGCUCAAUACCUACAGUUGCGCGCUAGCUAUUUCUGACGCCAAUGAUGGAGCUACCUCCGUCGCCAGCAUGAUCAGCUUGCCACAAUAUUUGACCCAGCAAUUCCAGGCAUCUACACUCAUGGAUCUCAAGUACUUCUUGGUGUUUUCACUUGUUCUAAACGAGUUUGACGAGGAGCACCAAAUCACUAGUCUCGAUCAAGAAGAUGACAAGGCUGUCUCCGAGUACAUCCGUGCAUACAAAAACGAAAGCGAAUUCCACAAGUUCAAGUUUUCAGUGCCAUUGACGGUGUUGCCAUGA